GAGCCGCCGGUGCCCUUCUGCUUGUUGAGAUCUGUGUCUCCCGCUCUUUCUUCCUCCGCCUCUCCCCUCCUGCAGUGGCAGCUGGGCAUGGUAUCCCAGCCAUUGCCUCUGAGGGAGAGCUGGGUCUCCAGUGUGGGGCCCCAGGCCUGGGCCUGGGGAGGAGAUGCUCUGGCAAAACCCAGCUCCUGUUUGUAGUUGCUUUUGGAACCUGCUGGCAAGGCCUGCAGGUAACCAUGGCAAUCAGGUAAGGAGCCAAUCAGUGCUUCUCUCCACCCCCAACCCCAGAGGUGGCUCUCUGAGGCCCCUGGGGAUUGGGAGGGGGAGCCGAGAAGCUCCUUACUCAGAGGGGACACAGAGGAGCAUUUCAUGCAGUAGGCAGCUCUUUGCCCUGCACCCAGAAAGGCCUGGGGGCUGAUUGUGGUCUGAAUCCUCACCAGUGCAGGGGAGGAGAGAGUGAGAGUGGGACCAGUGAGAUCCCUGUGUGUCCUUACAACUAGUGUCUGUUUUUCAAGCACAGAGAGUGUGAAUGAAGUGGCUAAGGCAGUGUGAAGAGCCUGCAGUUUAUGUGUGUGCGCACACACCUAUGCCUGUGUAUGGUAGAGAGAUGGGUGUUGUGUGGGCAUGUGUGUGUAUAUAAGAGAAGCGGGGCAUUGUGCAUGUUUCUGUGGGAAAGAAAUGGGGUGUGACGUAUGCAUAUAAGAGAGAUGCACAUUGUGAAUAUGUGCACACGUGUUCGGAAGAGAGAUGAGGCAUUGUGUGUGCACAUGUAUGCAUGCACACAUGUGUGUGUGAGAGCGAUGGACUAGAGUAUGUGUGUCCACGUGUGCACACGUGCAUGUAUGGGAAAGAUGUAUGGGGUGAGGUGGACCUCUAGCCGCCUGGACCCCAUAGGGGGCCUGACUAUAACAUGUUUUAUUCCUGGCUCUGCAUGCACACGCACACAUACGUGGGUACAUCUAGACACAGACAUGCACAGGGCAAGCAGUCACGUGACACACCAGGCAGCCCAAGACAGCACACGGUGGAUAUCCCACACACUCAAAGAGACAACCACUUGGAGUUUGUUCUGUCCUUCGGAUGGUUGUAAUAAUAUUUGGGAAUCUUGCCAGGGACCAUGUUGCUAUGGAAACAACCAAACAGUGGAGUAGCCGGCAGCCUUCUGCGUAAUUGUGAAGGGGAACCCACGCAAGGAGACUGGCUGAGGCCAUCUUCAUCGGGGUGAACAUUCCGGUCCCUACCCCCAACCCCGGCAUCAUGCACCGGACCACCCGGAUCAAAAUCACGGAGCUGAACCCUCACCUCAUGUGUGCCCUGUGUGGGGGGUACUUCAUUGACGCCACCACCAUCGUGGAGUGCCUGCAUUCCUUCUGCAAAACCUGUAUCGUGCGCUACCUGGAGACCAACAAGUACUGCCCCAUGUGUGACGUGCAGGUUCACAAAACACGGCCACUGCUGAGCAUCAGGUCUGACAAAACCCUCCAAGAUAUUGUGUACAAAUUGGUCCCUGGGCUUUUCAAAGAUGAGAUGAAACGGCGGCGGGACUUCUAUGCAGCAUACCCCCUGACAGAAGGUCUUUGGUGGGGCUCCUCAUCUUCUGCCAAGGCGUCUGAGCUGUGUCCUUUUGCAGUCCCCAAUGGCUCCCAUGAGGAUCGCGGGGAGGUCCUAGAGCAGGAGAAGGGGGCUCUGAGUGAUGAUGAAAUUGUCAGCCUCUCCAUCGAGUUCUAUGAAGGAGUCAGGGACCGCGAGGAGAAGAAGAGCCUGCUGGAGAAUGGAGAUGGGGACAAGGAGAAGACAGGGGUGCGCUUCCUGCGAUGUCCAGCAGCCAUGACCGUCAUGCAUCUUGCCAAGUUCCUCCGCAACAAGAUGGAUGUGCCCAGCAAGUACAAGGUGGAAGUCCUGUAUGAGGAUGAGCCCCUGAAGGAAUACUACACACUCAUGGACAUCGCUUACAUCUACCCCUGGCGGCGGAACGGUCCUCUCCCUCUCAAGUACCGCGUGCAACCCGCCUGCAAGCGGCUCACCCUGCCCACCGUGCCCACUCCCUCCGAGGGCACCAACACCAGCGGGGCUUCAGAGUGUGAGUCAGCCAGUGACAAGGCUCCCAGCCCGGCCACGCUGCCAGCCACUUCCUCCUCCCUACCCAGCCCUGCCACCCCCUCCCAUGGAUCCCCCAGCUCUCACUGCCCUCCAGCCACCCACCCUACCUCCCCCACUCCCGCGUCCGCAGCCAGUGGGGGUACCACAGCUGCCAACGGGGGCACCUCAAACUGCCUGCAGACGGCAUCAUCCACCAGCAGGGGGCGCAAGAUGACUGUCAAUGGAGCUCCGGUGGCCCCCUUAACUUGAGGAAAGGGACCCUUUGUGCAGCCACCUCCUCUUCCACUUCCUCCACUUUUUCUGGGCCCUUUUUUCCACCUCUUCUACUUUCCCCAGCUCCUUCCAUCUUAGGGAUGGGAGGCGGGUUUUAUAAAUAAAUCUAUAUAUAUAUGUACAUAGGAAAAACAAAAUAUACAUACUUAUUUUCUAUGGACAAACAAUCCAGAUUAAUUUAAAUGCCACAGGAAACAAACUGUGUAUGUGUGUGUGUUGUAUGUGUGUUGGGGAGAGGUGUUCGUUUUUUAGGAGGUCCUGUGUAAUUUGCUUUGUUCUUUUUGGGGGAGCCUAGUGUGGUCUCCAGGAGCCCUGCCCUGUUCUCCCUCUGCUUUUCAAGGUAGAUGGAGUACUGGGGCUCCACAGCCCCCAAAGCUUUAGCAUAGCUGUAGUCAUCUGGGUUUAGGACCCACUCUGUUUAUCUGCCCAUCUUGGCUGCUGUCCUGCUCAGUCCCUCCCUUUGUUGAAUGUACAGAGAAUCGCUAAGACAGUGCCUUUGACAAGUGCAGUUUAGCCCCUGGUUCUGAGGAGCAAGUGGCGAGGGAGAAGGCAGCUUCCUUGCCUCUUCAUGCAGUGGAAACUUUGUGCAAAGAAUAGAUAGUUCUGUGCUUUUUUUCUUUUUCUUUUCCUGUGUGGCCUUCGCUCAUUUAUCUUGUAGAAGAGAAGAUUCAGGCCACAGGGACCCCAGCCCCUCAAGUCCCUCUGUGGCUUUGGCAUUGUGAGUGCUUCACCCCUCCUUGCCCCAUCCUGGCCUGGGAACCCUUACUAGCAAGACUGGAGGUAAAGCCUCCUUUGGGGCCUACAGUUGGAAGGGUGGGGUUCCCCCCCCCCCAAAAGCACAGACCCCAGGUUUUCCAAAGGCCAACAGCCCUCCAGCCCUCGUCUCUUAGCUGAGCCUAGGACAGAGACAUCUAGAAGCACAAG